ACAAAACGUCGAUUAAUCGAUUAGUUGAAAAUCAAUUUUUAGGUCCGCUAUUAACAGCUGUCAAACUGACAUAUUAUGCAAUUCAGGUGAUUUUUCGAUUUUUCUAUUGGCUCGAAAGAGGAACAAAUUUGGUCAUAGUGUAGUGUGUACAAGUCUUCAAAUAUGUUUCGAAAAUUAGCAGCAGCUGGAGUGCCUACCACUACCUUCGUCUUGGGCGCCGUAGCCGUGCAAGCUGGUGGUGGUCCAGAUGUCAAACAAGACAAGGAUGAAUUUGGGCAUUACAAAUGCAAGCCAAGUGAAUUGCCAUUGUAUGCACCACUACACUCAUUUAACACACCCAAGAGGAGUCCUCAUCCACCAAAAGAUUCUGCUCUGCGUACUACUAUUGAAGGUGGUGUUUGUGCUGUCCGUACCGAAAUCCAAGCCGGAUACAAGGUUAUGGAGAAACAAAAAGACGCUGUCAAUAAUUACAUACAAACAGCUAAGGCGCAUACAGAAUCUACCAUAGAUUACUUAAAUCAGCCUCAUAAUCUGAUGCCUCGUACUGGUGCGAUUGCAAUUGGCGGUUUGUCUGGUUUCAUUUUUGCCGCAAGGGGAGGCUUCAUUAAAAAGGUCAUCUACACUACCAUUGGUGCUGGCGCCGUGGCUUCUUUAUGCUAUCCCCGUCAAGCGGAGCAAUUUGCAAAGGAAGCUCUAUUCGAGGCCCGCAAGGGAUAUGCUAUUGCAUACAACUUUGUAAAGGGCGUGAAGCCAGGCGAGGAGGUGCCCGUGGAGCCUAUUAGUAAAUUCCCCACCACUCUGGAAGACGUGAAAUUCAUGGCAUUAGAUUUAUUCGAUGAAGCGAAGGAAGCUUUAUUCCCCAAAAAGAAAUAGACAACCGACAACUUCCACUCCAGCUUUAGGUGGUGAUUUUUAACGGAACGAUAUACAUUUAAGGAAAACGAAAGAAAUGAUUUUUUGCAAGCGAUAUGAGUAGGUUGCUGCCUGCUGCCAAUCUAAAUUAAAAAGUGAAUGACCAAAUGAUGCAAGAAUAAAAUUAGUAUCUGUCGAAAAGACCUAAAGUGAAA